UUAAGGUGACAAUGUCUAAAUGAAACUAAUUUUAGAAAAGUCAGCACCACCAUCACAAAACAAGUGCCACUUCAAACUCUAACUAAAUCAUUUUUCACCCAUGCAUCUUUUCUCCAUCAUCACACAAGUCACUCAUUCAAACCUCAUCACACUCAAAUUGACAAACAUCAUUAACACAACACAACACACACAUCACCAUGCAAUCUUUGAUCUCAAAACAAUCCAACAAAAAGAAACAUCCAAACACACCAAACCCCAACAACUCAUAUUUUCUCUUCGUCAUAGCAAUCAUAGCCGCAGCCUUCAUCCUCUUCGUCUUCUAUUCCCGACAAACAGAUCCCCGACACAUAUGCUCCACCGUUGGCCCCCUCACGCCCGCACAAACCAUCAUCGCCGAAGAAUUCGCAACAUCCUCCAUCCCCUUAGUCACAAUCUUCCACUACGCCACGGCGCGUGACGUUCCUCAACAGACCAAAAACGAGAUCAGAAGACCAUUCGACGUACUACAAUCCUUAGGACCAUGCAACUUCCUCGUAUUCGGAAUAGGUCACGACGCGCUCAUGUGGGAUGCGUUUAAUCCACGCGGCAUCACGCUAUUCCUCGAAGAAGAUCCUAAGUGGACAAUCUCUUCCCUCAGACGCUUUCCUAUUCUACGCGCCUACACAGUGCGUUACAACACGCGCCUCUUAGAAGCCACCACGCUAUUAUCAUCCUACAAGAAGAACUGUGGGGCGGUCGGCGGAGACGACCACCCUCUCAAGGAUGAUCGUCGAUGUAGACUCGCGCUAGGCGAGUUUCCAAAUGAGGUGUAUGAUCGGGAUUGGGAUGUGAUCAUGAUUGAUGCGCCGAGGGGAUAUAUCCCGGCGGCUCCAGGGAGGAUGGCGGUGAUAUAUUCUGCGGCGGUGAUGGCGCGUGGGAGGAAAAAAGCGGGUGUGACGCACGUGUUUCUUCAUGACGUGGAUAGGGCUGUUGAGAAGUUGUAUGCUAAGGAGUUUUUGUGCAUGAAAUAUAGAGUUGGUGGUGUUAAGAAACUUUGGCACUUUGUUAUUCCACCUGCUAAUAAUGUUACUGAUACUGCACAUGGAUUUUGCUAAAAUGGUUUUAGUAUUUUCUUCUUUGUUGAGUGAUUUUCAAUUUCAUUAGUUAAGAUGAUUCAUACAUGUAGUAUUUAUAAAUUUUCGUUACAAGGAUUGAAGCUUGACAGUUUAAGGCU